AUGUUUGUAUUCCACAAGAGAUGUGUCCUUUUGGUGAAUUUACUCCGGCGUCAUCACACCCGCUGUUCACCUUGCUCCCCACCCUAUCGAGUGUCUGAUCUGACUCGAGCCUCCCGUCCGGACCUGCCUCAUGGGCCCCUGGGUCCGAUUAUUCGCUUUCGGGUUGACCGAUUUCACUCGGUUCCAGCACCAACCCCAGCCUAA